AUGACUCUCUCUCUCCCUCUCUGUUCAUUUCAUAGCGUGACUCACAUUCGCCCUCUCUGUUCCUUUCAUAGCAUUACUCUCUCUCUCUCUCUUUGUUCUUUUAUAGCCUUGACUCUCUCUCUCUGUUCCUUUCAUGACUUGACUCUCUCUCUCUCUCUCUGGUCUUUUCAUAACGUGACUCUCUCCCUCACUCUCUCUCUCUCUCUCUCUCUCUCCUUCCAUAGCGUGACUCUUUCUCUCUCUGUUCCUUCCAUAGCGUUCUCUUUCUCUCUCUGUUCCUUCAUACGUGACUCUCUCUCUCUCUGUUCCAUCCAUAGCGUGACUCUUUCUCUCUUUUCCUUCCAUAGCCUGACUCAGUGUCGUCUUCUCUCUUUUCCUUUCAUAGCGUGGCUCUCUCUCUUUUCCUUUCAUAGCGUGAUUCUCUCUUUUUUUUUUUUUCAUAGCGUGACUCUUUCUCUCUUUCAUAGCCGUUACUCUCUCUCUCUUUUUUCCUUUCAUAGCAAAUGGCUCUCUCUCUUUCCUUUCCUUUUUGCGUGGGACUCUCUCUUUCUAAUUUUUCCUUUCUGUUCUCUCUCUCUUCCUUCCAUGGGCAUCUCUCUCUCUUUCUUCCUUGGGGGUAUAAAUGAACUCUGUCGUGACUCUCUCUAUCUUCUCUCUUCUAUCUCUCUUUUUCUCUCUUCACUAUCUCUCUUUCUCUUUUCCUUCUACUCUCUCUCUUUGUUCUCUAACCGUCUGUCUCUCUUCUUCCUUCUCUGUCGUGACUCUCUCUCUUUUCCUUUCCCCCUCUCUCUCUCUCUUUUCCUUUCAAUCUUCCUCUUUUCCUUUCUCUGGCUCUCUCUUUCUCUUUCCUUACGUAUAUAUUUUCUCUCUCUCUAUAAUUUUUCCAUUCAUACAUACUCUCUCAUAUCUAUUUCCUUUCAUAUAUAUCCUAUCUCUCUCUGUUCCUUCAUAGCGUGUAAAGCCACUUUCAUCUCUCUCUGUGUUUUUCCUUCAGAAACAUGUCUCUCUCAUUUUCCUUUCAUAGCAUGGAUCUCUCUCUCUUUUCUGUUCAUAGUUAGCAUCUCUCUCUUUUCCUUCCAUAGCGUGACUCUCUCUCUAGUUUAG